AUGAAGGACAUGCCACUCAAAAUUCAGGUGCUACUUGGCCUAGCUCUCACUGCAUUGGUACAAGCUAUAGAUAAAAAAGUGGAUUGUCCACCGUCAUGUGCAUGUGAAAUCAGACCUUGGUUUACACCCAGAUCCAUUUAUAUGGAGGCUCUUACAGUGGAUUGUAAUGAUUUAGGUCUUUUUAAUUUCCCAGACAGAUUGCCUGCUGACACACAGAUCUUACUGCUGCAGACCAACAAUAUUGCGAAAAUUGAAAACACGGUAAACUUUCCAGUGAACCUUACUGGCCUGGACUUAUCACAGAACAACUUAUCUUCGGUCACUAAUAUUAAUGUAAGAAAGAUGCCUCAGCUUCUUUCCAUCUACCUGGAAGAAAACAAACUUACUGAGCUGCCUGAAAAAUGUCUGUCCAGGCUAAACAAUUUACAAGAACUCUAUAUUAAUCAUAACUUGCUUUCUACCAUUUCACCAGGAGCCUUUGUUGGUCUACAUAAUCUUCUCCGGCUUCAUCUCAAUUCAAAUAAAUUGCAGAUGAUCAACAGUAAGUGGUUUGAAGCUAUUCCAAAUCUAGAAAUUCUGAUGAUUGGAGAAAAUCCAAUCAUCAGAAUCAAAGAUAUGAACUUUAAGCCACUUAUCAAUCUACGUAGUCUGGUUAUAGCCAGCAUAAACCUUACUGAAAUACCAGAUAAUGCUUUGGUUGGUCUGGACAAUUUAGAAAGCAUCUCGUUCUAUGACAACAGAUUUGUUAAAGUGCCACAUGAGGCUCUUCAAAAGGUAAUUAACCUCAAAUUUUUGGAUCUAAAUAAGAAUCCUAUUAAUAGAAUACGAAGAGGAGAUUUUAGCAACAUGUUACAUCUAAAAGAAUUGGGAAUAAAUAACAUGCCUGAAUUGAUAUCUAUAGAUAGUCUUGCUAUUGACAAUUUACCAGAUCUAAGAAAAAUAGAAGCUACUAACAACCCUAGGUUAUCAUACAUCCAUCCAAAUGCAUUCUACAGACUUCCCAAACUUGAAUCACUCAUGCUCAACAGUAAUGCCCUCAGUGCCCUGUACCAUGGAACCAUUGAGUCCCUGCCUAACCUCAAAGAAAUCAGCAUACACAGCAAUCCAAUCAGGUGUGACUGUGUUAUCCGCUGGAUCAAUAUGAAUAAAACCAACAUUCGACUGAUGGAGCCUGAUUCACUGCUUUGUGUGGACCCUCCUGAAUUUCAGGGUCAGAAUGUUCGGCAAAUACAUUUCAGGGAAAUGAUGGAAAUUUGUCUCCCUCUGAUUGCCCCUGAAAGUUUUCCUUCUAAUCUGGAUUUAGAAGCUGGGAGCUAUGUUUCACUACACUGUAGAGCUACCGCAGAGCCAGAGCCUGAAAUAUACUGGAUCACACCAUCAGGCCACAAGCUCUUGCCUAAUACUCUUUCUGAAAAGUUUUAUGUCCAUUCUGAAGGUACAUUAGAUAUAAGUGAUAUAACUCCAAAAGAAGGUGGCUUAUAUACUUGCAUAGCAACUAACCUAGUUGGUGCUGACUUAAAGUCAAUUAUGAUCAAAGUGGAUGGUUCUUUCCCCCAGGAUAAUAAUGGAUCUUUGAAUAUUAAGAUAAAAGAUAUUCAAUCUAAUUCAGUUUUGGUAUCUUGGAAAGCAAAUUCUAAAAUUCUUAAAUCCAGCGUUAAAUGGACUGCUUUUGUUAAAACUGAAAACUCUUAUGCUGCCCAAAGUGCUCGAAUACCAUCUGAUGUCAAGGUGUAUAAUCUUACACAUCUGAAUCCGUCAACUGAAUAUAAAAUUUGUAUUGAUAUCCCCACUAUCUACCAGCAAAAUAAAAAACAGUGUAUUAAUGUCACUACGAAAGGACUGGAUCUUGAUCUGAAAGGUUAUGAAAAAAAUAAUGUAACAGCAUUCAUUGCCUGCCUAGGAGGUCUUCUGGGGGUAAUCAGUGUGAUAUGUCUUUUCAGCUGCAUCUCUCAGGAGAUGAACUGUGAUCCUGGACACAGCUAUGUACGGAAUUACCUACAGAAGCCAACCUUUGCAUUCAGUGAGCUUUAUCCUCCUCUAAUCAGCCUUUGGGAUUCAAGAAAAGAGAAAAGCACAGCACUUGAAGUAAAAGCAACUGUCAUAGGUGUGCCAACAAAUAUGUCCUAA